UUAAGAAAGAAGUUGAUAGCAGUUUGCCCCCAUUUCCUCCCCUGUGCACCAAGCAGCCUGAAGAUGAUGCUCGUGACGGCCAUCCUUCUUCUCGCACCUAUGAUAUCCGCCCAGCAGUCGGCGUCUGGCGGAGACGAUUCGUGUAAGCACGUCACCAACAAUCAGAACAUCACCGUCGUCGCUCCGACAGGACAGAAGGGCGACAAGGGAGACCCCGGGCCUUCAGGAUACUGUGGAACCAAAGGGGACAUGCGGCCAUCCUGCCCUCCAGUUGUGGUGUUUUCCGCCGCCCGAACGCUGGCCUUAGACGCUCCUGACGGCAACAAAGUCGUGACGUACGAUAACGUCUACGUCAACGUGGGCGGGGCUUACAACAAGUCAUCGGGCAAGUUCGUGGCCCCGGUCGCUGGCAUUUACUCCUUCACUUUCAACGGGAUGACGAGGCCUAUUAGUAGCGCAAGCUACUGGAUCGCUCUGAUUCAAAACGACUUACCGAGAGCCACUCUAUGGGAGGACAACACAUCGACGGGAUCGGUCCUCGCCAGUAGCAACACCGUCAUCUUGCAGUUAGCGAUCGGAGACGAAGUCUUUGUGGAACUGCGACAAGGCAAAUUCCUGAACAGCAACUUCAACAGGCACGUCACGUACUCAGGCUUCCUCAUACACGCCGACUGAUCAGGACUUCAUCCGGCUUAGGAUAACGUCACCUUUCCGAACCGGGGCCCGGCCGGGCUGUUUGUGGAAACGACAAAUCAUUCGGAAAUGUAUAAGUGAAAACAUACACAAAUAAUGACCACAACUAUUCUCUUAACGUUUUGUGUACUUUGAUGCCUUGUAAGUCAUACUUUUCGUUCCCGAAAGUUGCUCGGUCGGGCCCCGGUUGGAAAUGUGACGUAGGCCUCAGAACGACACCUGAUGAAUUGAUGCCGACUACGGUGUUUUUGUUGUCUGAAGUAGAAAGGAAAGCAAUUGCUCCCGAGCAGAUAGUUAAUCUUAUCUUCAUAUUGUAAUACCGAUAUAAUAAGCCUAGCAAUUGUUUAAUGAAGUAGAAGCGGCCUGCCACCCAGUUAACAUGUGUAACCCGUGCUAAUUUCCUUGUAUGAUAAAGGUCAAUAGACGAAGCUCAAGCUAGCUAUUAUAUAAAAAGCCUAUUUACGGAGAGAAAGACGUAAAUGGCACGGUGACAGAAAAGAGUAAAGUGACGAAUGGGACAGAAGAACGGGUGUUUGAGGGAAGGAUUAACCGUAUACGUAAAGCGAAAGGUCGCUGGAGAAAGGAGGCCAUCGAUCGAAGGAGUGGUAGACCUUUUGUGAACAGUACUUAGGUAAGGAGGGAUGUUUCAGCAGUGUUACCUAAUAUAACCGAUACUAGAAAGAAAUAAUGUGGAGCGUGUGUUCAACUAGAUGUCUGAUUUAGUGGAUAGUUAUGCUGUGAAUCUUGUAACGCAAAACAACAAGACUGCGUCUGGGUAUAAACAUCGAUGAUAUUUGUGGUCUGUCCCCCUUUUUAAGGAUUCAGGUCAGCCCAAAUGUCAUGGCAUUUGUCGUCCAUCAGAGUGCUUCAAUUUGCGUAAGUGUGGCGAGGAGUCAUUCUAAGAAUAUAAUGGACCUGGAUUUACUUUGGACACCAAUUCAGUUCACUACACAGUCACCUAUUGGCACACAGCCAGAGACUCGCUUUAUUGAGUACUUUACAAGGUAUAAGUCUUCCGUCGUAUAAGAAGAAGUUGUGAUAGUGGGUAAUUUUUUGGUCCUAGAUCGAUGUGAGUCGCAAUUUCUGUCCGUAUGAUACAAGGAUGCGUGGGCAUCAUUGCAAAUCACCAUGUUUAGUGUAUUACAUCAUCAGUAACCACUGCAAAGUACCGGGGGACUUAAAUGAACUAUCGAAAGGAUAAUGGUGCAGCAUAAAUGAUCAAUGCUGUAGUGUGCAGAUAGCACUGCUACGCA